CACUGAACCUCAGAGGUUCUAACUGCUUGAGAAGGUUAAGAGAAUACUGAGAACAUGGCGGCGGUGAAGGAAGAAAAUGACUUUGCAGUUCUGCAAAACAUUCUGCACAAACAUGGGCUGGAGGAAUACUACCCAAACAGGCUCACUCUCCAGGCUGUCUUGGAGAUCAGGAAGGCCACUGGAGCCCUGACGAUGGACCGGAUUAUAUUCCACAUUCUCACAAAGCUAUUCAAACUUCAUGCUGAGUACAGGGAUUUUUUAUUAGUGAGAGAUCCUGACCAACUUGUUGAUCUGGAGAAUUUCAGUGAUGAUGAAGAUGCAGACGACGAUGUUCAUCCUCUGGACCUCAUAGUUGCUCUGUUCCUCUGUGCUGACAGCUGUUUGCAGCAGGAAAUGGCCCUCAGAAUGUCAAUGUGUCAGUUUCCUCUUCCUCUCUUGUUACCACCCACUGAGAACAGUCAGUGCACACUCAUGCUUUGGGCUCUGAGAGAAAUCAUAAAAGAGUGGCAGCCACAUGGUUUGUCAGAGUCGAGAGGGUUCAAGGAGAACUACAUCGUCCGGGAAGGAAUUCCUCUCAUUUCCUUUGUGAGGCUGAAAAACUGCUCCUUAUCCAAAUCUCAGAUUUUAAAUCAAGUCCUGAGUCGUGGCCAGCAGAGUCACAGCAUGUUCAUCCACAGAGAGAUGGAGGGAGGAGCCCGUCAGAGGAAAAUAUCUGCUGGUCUGGUUGAGGUUGGUUGGUUUCUCCCCAGUGGAAGAGAAAAUCUUGAUGUUUUCUCCAAUCCAGUUGCAUUUGCAAACCUGCGAGGAGACAUCUCAGAGUCCCAAACACAAUUCACUUUCCUCAUGGAGGUGUCCACUGCUGUGUUUGUUUUCCUGGACAGAGUGGAAGAGGCUGAAAACCAAACUCUCAGAUCAGUGGAAAAUCUAAAAUCCAAAAUGUUCGUCGUGGUGAAUCGCAGUCGUGAAAACAUGGAGACUGUCAAGAAAACAUUAAAGGACCUGGAGAUGCCAAAGAACAAAGUGUCAAUGAAAGACUCAAGAAUGAACUCAGCAGAGAUUUCAAAAAAAGUCGGUUCCACCAUCAAAACUUUGCUUUCUGAGGUGAACCACACCAUCAGUCUUGAGAACAUGUGUGACACUGCUGUUAACUUGGGUCUGUCUGUGGAUGAAGAGCAAACUCUGCUGCAGAAAGAGACAGCAGAGAAGAUCUUUGGUGACGUUAGAAGUAUUCCAGAGUUCAAGAAUCAACAACUUCCUCUGCAAGGAAAAGAGUGGAAAUCACUUGCUCGAUUAGAAAGAGAGGAAUGUCGCAUCAAAGUUACAGCUGAUGUUGGAAUUGAACAUCGUAAAUGUGAGAUCAGAGCAGAAAAACAGAAGCUUCAGGAAGCACAAGCAAGAAAAAAGCUCUCCAGUGGAGUCACCAUGUUCAUUGGAACAUUAUUAUCCAGUGAUAAAGAACAAAGAGGCUGUUUUCUGAGAUGGAUGCAGUUCUUGUUCAACACUCAUUCACAACACGUGCUAACUGAGCUACGGCAACAGUUCAAAGAGCAACGCAACAGAAAAGACUCAGCACGUGUUGCAGAGUUGGAUCAGAAGUUAGUUGACAGUUCAUUGGGACUGGAGCAUUACAUGAGAGAAAUGGGGCUGAUUUUUGAGUUUUCCUCGCCUCUCCAAAACCUUGAGAAGCUUCCAGGUCUGGCUGCAGACCUGCUGCUGGAUGGUUAUCCAUUAGAGCUCCUGGAUGGAGAAGCCUCCAACAUCCCUCAGAGAUGGAUCUCACAUGUGCUGAUGGAGCUGCACCAGAAGGUUGGAGGGAGAAGCCGACUGUUGGUGCUGACUGUGUUGGGAGUUCAAAGCACCGGGAAGUCCACACUUCUGAACACCAUGUUUGGAGUUAGAUUUCCUGUCAGCAGUGGGCGCUGCACAAGAGGAGCCUACAUGCUCUUUCUGAAGGUUGGAGAGGACAUGCAAUGUGGCUUUGACUUCAUCCUUCUUAUCGACACAGAGGGUCUGAAAUCUCCCGACUUAGCAGAGCUUGAUGACAGUUAUGAGCGCGACAACCAACUGGCAACCUUUGACAUCGGCCUCAGUGACAUCACCAUCAUCAACCUUGCCAUGGAGAACACUACUGAGAUGAAAGACAUUCUGCAGAUCGCUGUUCACGCCUUUUUGAGGAUGAAAGAGAUUGGAAAAAAGCCCAUUUGUCAUUUUGUGCACCAGAAUGUAGCAGGUGUUUCAGCUCAUGGAAAGAACACAGCAGGAAGAAACCGUUUGUUGGACCACCUGAAUGAAAUGACUCAGCUUGCUGCAGAAAUGGAGAAGAAGCCUUCUGUUCAGUCCUUCACUGAUGUGCUGGAUUACAACGUGGACACCAACAACUGGUACAUCCCAGGACUCUGGCAUGGAACCCCACCAAUGGCAGCUGUCAACACAGGUUACAGUGAAGCUGUGGCAGAUUUCAAGAACAAGCUUCUGGAGAGUGUUAAACACAACCAGGACAGAGAACUCUCAACAAUCCCAGAGUUCAUUGAAUGGAUCACAAGUCUGUGGAGAGCAGUGAAAUAUGAAGACUUCAUCUUCAGCUUCACAAACACCCUGGUGGCUCAGGCCUAUGACGACCUGUCUAAAGAGUUCAGCCAGUGGGAAUGGGAGUUCAGGAAAGAGAUUCUCUCCCAGAGUGGAGAGGCAGAGUUAGAAAUCCAAAAUGCUGAUCAUGACUCAGACUUGUCUGCUUUAGUGAGGUCAAAGAAAACAGAGCUCAUCGACAGCAUUAAAUCACAAGAGACCAAGAUGAGAGAGAAGCUAAAUGGCUACUACAAAAGAAAAGACCGACGUGUGAAACUGAUUGAAAAAUACAAGUCUGACUUCUCGAACAGCAUCACAAGUCUUUCAAAUGAGAUUAAAAACACAGUCUCCACAAAACUAGAAUGUAGACAAAAAAAUAGGAAAAAGAGGACAAUGACAAUGAUGGAGCAGGAGCAGGUGAAACCUCUGUCAAACAGAGAGAGGGACGACUGCCAGCACAAAGCAGAGUACUUUGUCACCCUUUGUAUCAAACCAGCUGUGGAGGAUUACAUCAACAGGUCACUGGGAAUCAACAUUGUGGAUGAUGUUCUGACAAGUUCACACUCCGCAGUGUUCAGCUCUCGCUCCUUCUUCCAGUACAGCAUCCUGAAAGAGUUGCUCCUGCAGGAUGACUUCAAGGCUUUGGUCAAGUACUGUGGUGAAUAUGAAAGGUUUGUCAAGGAUUGGAUACGUCAGCAUGUUUCACAGAAGCUGCAAGAGAAUCAGACUCUUCUUAAACUGAAGAGUAAUAUGCUUCACAUAAUUGUUGAGAAGAUCAGAAGAGUGAUAGAAGAGGCAGUGAGAAACUCACCAGAUGACAAUGAAAACAUCACAGAGCUUGUUGAUGGGAUCCGCAGGAGUUUGAUCAAAGACGUCUCAAUAUCUGAGGAGGCUGUCAGACGAAGCUUGUUCCAGAUCAAAAGCACAAGUCAUCAGUUUGGAAAGAUGGUUUUAGAGUCUCUUAGUAAGAUGACAGAAUCCUUCCACACUGAUUUCUUAAAACCUGAAGACGUCACAGAAACUCUGAACCAACUUCCUGUCAAACCAGAAGAUGAGCUGGUCAAGAGGGUCUUUGGUUGUGGCCACCAAUGUCUGUUUUGUAAAGUUCCCUGUGAGGCAGGAGGCAAAGGACACGAGAAGCACCAUGCUUCCAUCCAUCGACCACAAGCUUUUGGAGGAUACUGUGAUAAAAAAACAAAAAGGCUAGUGACAAAUCUCUGUUCCCCAGAUAUGAUGGAUGAUAGGACAGUUAGAUCAAAGGAGACUAAACAAACAUCCACCUGGCACUUUCCACCAGAUGUCACCAUUCAAACAUCUGACUAUUGGAAGUACGUUCUUGUUAAAUACAACAAACAACUGGCUGUAGAAUACAAAGCCAAACCAGCCAAAUGUCCAAAGUCCUGGAAACAAAUCUCAAAAGAUAAAGCCUUGGUGGACAUUGAACCGGAGAGGUGUCGAGUUCAACUUUAUACUCCGAGUCAAAAGCUCUCCAAAACAUGCGGGUGCUUUGGUAGGAUGUGAUGUAAACUCAAAAUGAACCAGUAGCCCAGCAGUAAAAUGAUGGUCAUUACAAACCUAAGUGACAAACGCAAAAGGUGUGUGUCUGUUGUGUAUUAGAAGUGCGUCUUGUUGUGAAAAUGACAUGAUAUUAGUCAAUCCCAUGUCAUUUGCCCACCCACUCGAUCAUCUAGAUGCUGAUUUUCUGAUCUGAACAAAUCUGAAAGAAAACAGAUCUGAAAAUGUCAACUGUUUUAAUAUAUUAAUAUGCUACGUUUAAAAUUCAGAAAAUGAAAGAACAUAAUACAAGAAACACUACAAUAAUAUUAUACAGAGAACAAUUAAAUUCAAUUUCAAGGUCAGACAGUAAAAAGUCAGACAGAAGAUCAUAAGCCAUUUUAAGCGUGAGCAAUAGAACAAAAUUGGGAGGAAUUGGAAACUCAUUUCGUUUGGAUCUCAAUCAAAAACAUUAUCAAAUGAAGUGUAGAUUGCAACAUGGGAAGUAUACAUUAUUAUUUUAGAAUUUGU